UCGUCUAUGGUAUCUGGGUGGCAAUCGGGUGUUCAUUGUUGAAUCGAUUCGUAGGAUCACUGACUAGCGCAAGCUGAUAGGCCUACAUGUAUAUUAUCCCUAUAGCUUGUCAUUCAACUCAGAGACACCAUGAGCUUCUCUUCAACUCAUCAUGAACUCCUCCUCCUCCUCCUCCUCCUCUGUCCUCUCUCCGGAGCCCAAAAUUCCAACCACUUCUCCGAGUACAUCGGAGCGCAGUUCAAAGACGUCAAGUUCUCCGACGUCCCCAUAAACUCCGGCGUUGACUUCCACUUCAUCCUCGCCUUCGCUAUAGACUACACCACCAACACAUCUCCUCCCUCUCCAACAAACGGAGAUUUCAGUGUGUUUUGGGAUACUAUUAAUCUCUCCCCUGCGGACGUCUCCGCCAUCAAGCGGGCUCAUUCGAACGUUAGAGUAGCCGUCAGCCUCGGCGGAGCUACGGUCUCCGGCGAGACGGUGUUCUUUAGCCCAAGCUCAGCUGACUCGUGGGUAUCCAACGCUGUUUCUUCUCUGACGAAGAUCAUCCAGGAAUACCAUCUUGAUGGCAUCGACAUCGACUAUGAGAAUUUUCAGGCAGACUCAGCCACCUUCGCUGACUGCAUCGGCCGGCUGAUCACAACCCUAAAAUCCAACGGCGUGAUAUCCUUCGUCUCCAUAGCUCCAUACGACGACACAGAUCUGAAGGAACAUUACCAGGCUCUAUGGACCAGCCACUCCAGCGCAAUCGACUACGUUAACUACCAGUUCUAUGGCUACAGCUCAGACACCACUGUUUCACAGUUCCUGAGUUACUACGAGGCUCAGAGAUCCAACUUCGCCGGCGGGGUGGUGCUGGCGAGCUUCAUUAGCGAUGGAAGCAGCGGGCUUUCGCCGGCGAAUGGUUUCUUUGAUGCUUGUCGGACAUUGAAGAAGGAGGGGAAGCUUGCGGGGAUCUUUGUGUGGUCGGCGGACACGUCUAAGAGCAAGGGAGGUUUUCGGUAUGAGACUGAAGCGCAAAAGUUGUUGGCCAGCUAGCUCGUGGGAAGAUAAAUGCUUUUAUAUAUAUUUAAAAUGAUCAACAUAUUUGCAAUAAUGGGUAACUGAUGCAGGAUGAGAUGUUUCUGCGUGAUGUUUUCUAUAUAUGAUGUGAAUGUUGUGUGGUAAGUUUAGAUUUAUUGAGAAUAAAAAUGAU